CCUCUACAUGCCACUCAUCUCACUCUAUAUUUUGAGAUAACUAACGUUGGAGAUCAGCACAAUUAUAAGUUAGCAGAUCGCAACGAUGUACAAGAGCUUGUCUCUGAGUUUCAUGCCUUGCAAGGCCAUGUUGCAGCCUAGAGCUAGAAUCACAAGACAAGACAGUGAAAAUUUUGUUGAUUAUCGUACAAAAGUUGCUCGUAAUCCGACAAUGGAGAGGCUGCAGCGUAACUAUUUGUUCCCUGAGAUAUCUGCCCGUGAAGCCGAACACAUGGAAAAGUAUCCUAAUGCAAAAGUGAUAAGCCUUGGGAUUGGGGACACUACACAGCCAUUACCAGAUGUUGUAGCUUCCAGCAUGGCUAAUUACGCACACAACCUCUCGACGCGCACGGGUUAUAGAGGCUAUGGAGCCGAGCAAGGUUGUAAGGAACUGAGGAAAGCCAUAGCAGAGACAUUUUACAAGGACAUGGGGAUACAAGGCAAAGAAGUAUUCGUAUCCGACGGUGCACAAUGUGAUAUCUCUCGCCUCCAGCUGCUCUUUGGGUCCAACAUGUCCAUAGCCGUUCAAGAUCCAAUUUUUCCGGCCUACGUAGAUUCAAGCGUCAUAAUUGGGCAGACGGGCGAUGUUGAGAAUGAAUCAGGAAGAUAUCGGAACAUUGAGUACAUGAAAUGCGGACCUCACAAUAGUUUUUUCCCGAAUCUGUCGAAAGCUGCACGGACGGAUAUUAUCUUCUUCUGCUCUCCCAACAACCCAACUGGGCAUGCAGCAUCACGGGAGCAAUUAGAACGACUCGUCGGAUUUGCACAAGAGAAUGGUUCGAUUAUUGUAUACGACUCGGCCUACGCUUUCUACAUCACAGACGGAAGUCCUCGUUCCAUAUAUGAAAUCCCUGGUGCCGAAAAGGUUGCAAUAGAAGUCUCAUCCUUCUCCAAGAUUGCUGGAUUCACAGGGGUUCGUCUUGGUUGGACAGUGGUGCCCGAACAACUCUUGUAUGCCAACGGUUUUCCUGUCAUUAACGACUUCAAUCGCAUUGUCUGUACAUGCUUUAAUGGAGCUUCCAGGAUUGCUCAAGCUGGUGGCCUAGCUAGUUUAUCAAAACACGGCUACAAGGCUGUAAUCUCGCUCGUUGACUACUACAAGGAGAAUGCGGAGAUACUACUGGAGACAUUCGAAUCGCUCGGCCUAAGAACUUACGGAGGUGUAAAUGCGCCUUAUUUAUGGGUACACUUUCCCGGUUCGAAUUCUUGGGAUGUAUUUAAUGAAAUUCUCGAAAAAACACACAUAAUAACCGUUCCAGGUAGUGGAUUUGGACCGGCAGGUAAAGAGUUCAUAAGAGUUACAGCUUUCGGGCACAGAGAAAACAUCCUGGAAGCUUCGAAAAGGUUGAGGAGUCUUCUCUAAUACACAAAUCAAAGGAUUUUCGGCUCAACAUGAAUAAAAAAAUCCUGGAGCAGUGACUUGGAAUGAAUUUACCAUUCCUUGAGGACUAUUUGGAGAUUUCAAGCAGGCAAUAUAGAGAAUAAUACUAGAAUAAGAGGACUGAAAUGAAAUUUCAGCAUUUUAGCCCAAGGUGGUUUUGCUCUUGUGUUAGCUAUAAUCAAAUGUGACUACUUUCUUUCUUUUUCCUUUGUAAUGCAAAUACGUGGUAAUAACAUUUCCAAUAAAAUUUUUUAAGACAGAACUCUGUUAAAAUAU